UGUAUAUUUAUAAACCCUUUUGGUUAUCUAUCUUUUUAUUAUUUCACUCAUUUCAAAUUUCAAAUUUCGUCACUUUCAAUUGGAAAGUUUAGUAUCACAGCAAUGAAAUAUUCAGUCUACAUUUUUGCAUUGGUCAUGGUUGGUGUUGCUAUUCUCAUUCCACGGUCUACGCUUGCUAGAGAUUGCCGAUCACUUCAGUCUCAUGUGCAUGAGGAUAAUGAUGGGCGAAAAAUGAUGGACGAAACAAAUGAACAGCCACUUCAAGUUGCUGGGUCAAGAUUGCCCGAUUGCAGUCAUGCAUGUGGCUCAUGUUCACCUUGUAAAUUAGUAAUAGUUAGCCCUUUGUGUGCUUCACUUACACGUGCAUCAGAGCCAUGCCCGGUUUCUUAUAGGUGCAUGUGUAAUAACAAAGCUUAUCCUGUUCCUUAAAUAAUUAGAUAGAGACAGUAAUCUAUUAGGUAAAGUUGGGUUGAUUAGUGUUGUGUUUAAGAACUUCUAAUCAAAGUUCUAAUUUUGGUAGCA